CACAAAUGACAUCACGCUACGCCCCAGUGCCGCCAGCGCGUGUGGGCGAUCCACCCCCAGUGAGCUGAGACAUCGGCGACGGGUCGGCGCUGCUCGACGAGUAGGAGAGCUGCUUCAUGAACAACGACUCUCGUGACAGGUGCUUCGAGAACACCGCACUGACCCUCUUGUAUGCCUCGCCCUGGCCCAGCGGGCUGAGGGCGUCCCCGAGCAUGGUGUCCUCGGUCCCCGCUGGCCGGCGGCUGACGGAGGACCUGUCCUUGUCGGCAGGGGUCUGGAAGGAGGAUGAGGACCCCUGCUUGGAAGGGGUCAAAGUGCUGAGCUGGAGAGAGGACCCCUUGGACCGAAGACGCUCGACACGCGACAUGGGGCGGGAGGGAGAGGGGGACGGACCGCCUUGGUCACCUGCACACAGACAGACAGACCCACGGACAUGCGAAGAUAGGUGCGUCGAGCGGCUUGCGUGGCCAAUUGGAUCGAUCAGUCUUUCAUCGUGUAGGUACCGGCGGGGCCGCUUUCGUCCUUGACGCGGCUCCGUGACCGCCGCAGUGAUUCGAGUCGAGACUCGAGUCGCGUCACCCCCCUCCCGACACUGGUGCCAUCCUCUGGCUGAAUGUCACCUGGCUGGGGACCUCCUUCCAGACCUGCACACACAACCAUCCCACCCAGUGAGUGCCAAGGCAUUCUCUAUCAAUCAAUCAAUCAAUCUGUUGGGACUGUUGCCCGCCCUGCCCUCCGGCUGACCUUCAUCGUCCUCCUCUCUCCCUUUCACCCCCCUCUGCCUCUCCUCCCGUGCCUUCAACCGAGCCUCGAUGUCCACAAACGACCGCGACCCACCCAACUUAGACCCACCCUCAUCGCCACCGCGGCCCUUGGCCCUCGCCGGUGAUGGGGAUGGGCGCGUAGGCGAUUUGGGUGGCAGCCCGAGGGUCUUGAACAACUCCUGCGUCUUCUGUGAGCGCACCGGCCGCGCCGCCUCGCUCUCACCCCCUCCCCCUCCCCCUUUGCCCAUCCUGGAGCCACUGCGUCUGAGGGAACUGGUGAUGUCGUCCAGGAUGCUCUGGCCGCUCACAGGGCCGCCUCCUCGAGAUGGCUGGGGCAACAGGGAGGGCCGGUCGCCGCCCGCAUUGGGCGACACGGGCCGUGAAGAGUGCAUAGGGGAUGCGGGGAGGGACGAGAACGACUGUUGGAGAGCGUCGGCCGCCCCUACCUUGCUCCUCGGCGGUGGGGGCGACACCGACCAGCCGGCGUUGGGCGACACGGGCAUCGAAGCACCGAUGCGGCUCGACAGCCUCUCGAGCGCCCCACCACUACCACCAGCACCGGCCGGCCGCUGUGUGGGCAGGGGUGUGGGCGCGAACUUGAGAGCAACGACAGGCGCCCGCAGGACGUCAUGCCCGAGGGCCAGGAGGCCUUCUAUCUUGUCGCGGAGCAUCUGGCAGUUGUCGUCGAAGGGCGAGAAGAAUGGGGGGAGGGGGAGGGGCUGAAGCAGCCGGGACUGACCGCCUUUGGCUGCCUGGGGGGCGAAAGAGCGGCUGUUGGGCGACACGGGGGCCGACGUCAGGGGCAGAAGAGGACGGGAAGGGGACUCGUCUGUAGGUCAGAAAUCAACGCGACAACGCGCGCAUGAUCCUUCUGGGUGUAUCUGGUAUAUCCGUGAUGCCCUCCCUCACCUCUGGAGGUGGCCGUGGGCGAGACGGGCGUCGUCAGUCUGCCGGUCAGUGUCCGACUCAGCGAUGUCCGCAGCUUAUCCAGUGACGGCGACGCCUCUGCCUUGCCGGCACCACCGCCCCCGCCAUUAUUGCCUCCCUUGGCCUCCCUGCUUCUCCCCAGCAUGCCCUGGAGCCGCGACAGCGCAUCAGACCCCUUCUGCGGACUCUUCUCGGUGGCCGAGAAGCGGGACGAUGAGUGGGCGAGGAUGGACCGGACGGGCUGGGAGCCUCUGCUGUUGGCCUGGUGGUGGCCCUCGGGGGAUGGCGGCAUUGGUUGCCCACCGGUCUCCUUGGUGUUGAACCGCACGAACGAUGGGCCUCGUGUGAUGCUCGCGCGGCUCGGGGCUCUCAAUGCACACAUCGGACAGACAGCUGCCUGCCCAAAGCGAUUGAUUCUACACAGCCAAGUAGAGGC